AUGGCUCCAAAAGAAGGGUCCCACAUCGUCCACCAGAAAGUUCACCCCUGUCUCUGGUUUGACACCCAAGCUGUCGAAGCCGCAACAUACUACACCACCCUCUUCUCGCAGAGGCCGAACGCCAAGCCCGGCGAUGCUGCAGAUGUCUCCCGCAUCACAUCCAUCGCCGAGCCGCUGGUGACAUUCAUGCUCUCGGGACAGGAGUAUAGCGCGCUCAACGGCGGGCCCCACUACACACACUCUCCGGCCGUGUCGCUGUUCAUCACCUGCGAGGACCAGGCGGAGGUUGAUUAUUUUUGGGAGAACUUCCUUAAAGACGGCGGCAAGGAGAUUCAAUGUGGGUGGAUCACGGAUAAAUUCGGCGUGUCCUGGCAGGUUGUACCGAAGGCUUUGAUGGAAAUGCUUUCCGACGAGGAUAAGGAAAAGCAGGAACGCGCGAGACAGACGAUGUUGAAUAGCAAGAAGCUUGAAAUUGCUAGGUUGAAGGCUGCGUUCGAAGGGCGGGAAUGA